GCACAUCUAUGUCAAACUUCUAAAAACUACAAACAAGUGUCUCACUUAUUGUGAUUUUCAUCAAACCUUCUUCUGCUGGUGUAGCCUGCACAAACCACAUCAGCUAAAGUUGUACUGACAGUCAUGUAAACAAAGACUUGAUUUUGCAGCAAGAGAAAGCGAAAGUAUAAAUUCUGCAGGAAAUCCCCUGCUUGUUUUUUCCCUACAAAAACUAACUUCCCCAGCAUUAACAGCAGCUUUAACAGGAGUGUGUGUGUGUGAGAGAGACAGAGUUCUUUACUGAGUGUCAGGUGCUGCCAAGAAGGAUCGAAGUCAUGAGCCAUUCCACGACAAAGCCAAAGUGUCCAGGUUGCCAUCAGGAAGUUGUAACGAUUUCGGAAGGGCAGAGUGUUGCGUGCCCAUUGUGUUCCAAACAAAAACGUCGUGUGUUUCGCUUCUGCAGGGAUUGUCAGAGAGAGUGGCCAUGCAGCACUUCACCAAACAGCAGCUGCACACUGCCAAACUGCGCUCUCCGUGCUGCUCUGCUCUCCGACAAACGGAUCAGUGAUCCCAACAGUUCGGCAAAGGGAUGCCCCUAUUUCAGGGCCUGUCCUAAGUGCAAUGCCCUGCUCACACACAACGGACAAGGCUGCCCCAACAUUGAAUGCCCUGAGUGCUUCACAGAAUUCUGCUUCCGUUGUCUUCGCCCAAGCUGCUUUCGCACAGGCUUCAAUCUAGCUUUCCUAGGGGAUAGGCACAGGAUGAAUGUAGUUCCACAGGUUGAACAAUGUACUAUAGUAGAUAACAGCCAGAGUCUGAUGGCACUUCGUUAGUAGAGUCAGUCUGUAGGAGGUAAAAUUUCUAACAUACAAAUAAAUACAAUUUCACACUUGAGCUACAGACACAUAUAGGUUUUGCAGACAAGGCGUUAGAACUCUGCAAGAGGGUUCAGUCUCUCGGAGUAGGGUUGGAAAUCUUUAAAAUACAGUUUAGGUCAUAUUGUGCUUCUUUGAUAUAAAAAUGAUUUCACUGUUUUUAAUUAAAAUAUAUUUAAAUAAUGGUAAAAUGAAUCUUUUGUUGAUAUGUGGUAUGUGAGCAAAUAUGAUUUCUGUGUACAAAGGUAAAUGUUUUGGAUAAAUCUGUAAAAUGGUGAAUGCUAGGAAAACCCAAGUAACCUAUUAAAGAGAAUUUUAAAAUUAAA